GAACUGUGAGGCUUUGCCAAGCGUAGAAGUUUGAUUAUUGAACUUAGAAAACGCUCUAAAAUUCUAUUUGCUAGAAAAAAGAGACCUGCGUGUCAUUAUUUUCUUCGGCUAUUGACGGGAAAUAUAAGAAAAAUGGACAGGCAUGUCAGGAAAAGUAAUUUUGCAUACGUGACUAAACAUAAUAUUGGUGGAAGAAGCUUUUUUAAAGAGCUCUAGUGGUAUUUAUAAGAACUUUUUCCUAGCUCUGGAUUUUAAUUGGAAAUGUUCCAACGCGCACGUGCACUGCAUUUUAAUAUCGAAGUUAGGCAAAGUGUUCCAGGAAAACCAACUCCGGGUAGUAGUGAGCUUACUUCGGUCACCGGAUUCGAUUCGAACGCGCGUCCGCCAAAAAGCUCAUAAGAUCGAUAGGUUCGUGCGCUAAGGUUAUGUACUGGAACCUUAACUCACGUGUCGCAAGUGCUAGAAGUUCACUCCUAAUUAUGCAGCCUAUUUUUACGUUUCAACUCUAAUUACAUCGUCCCUAAAUUGCCGUUCCUUGGGGAUUUCUUUCAGUCUCUAAAAGCCUACCGCGGAGAUUAGUUUACUCCAGCAGCGUCUUGAGUAAUAAAAAUUGGAGAGGCGUCUUUGAGUGAUUGUUUACUUCACAAAUACACGAAAACAUCUUUUCGGUAACAGGACUUUGUUACUGAAAUCGAACUAUAUGAACCGGUGCAAAGGAAUGCGAGAAGGGAAUGAGAUGGAGAAGACUCGGCCCUUAAGUUAAAACUCAAAGUCAAAAUGGGCGACCAACUGGAUACCCGCGUGGUUGAUAAAAUGCAAGGCAGGUGCCUUUUAUGGAAUUCUUUUAAAGACCAGGCUCUGGAAAAGUUGUAUCAGGCAUACUGUGUAAAACAAAAGCGGGCCGGUUUAGAGUGCUUCCUAAUUACAGCAAUUUUGUUCGACAUUUACAUGAUAACGGUACCUAGUGGUCAAGAUAUGAUAGUUUUUGGGACGAUGAGUGCGUUUUUAGUGGUCAACUGCUGCUUACUGAUCUGGUGCAAGAAGGGUAUAGAGAGGCAGCCUUUAUGGCUUACCGUACCACACGUAUCUUGGCACAUUGCUAACGCACAACUACUAGCGUCGAUUUUCUUGAAGAAGAACGAAGUAACAUCGCGAGAGGGUUUAGGAUGGGUACUACUUCUGGACUAUCUCAUUUAUGUAACGCUGCCACUACGACUGCGAUACUGCAUAAUGCUGAGCAUCGGCACCUGCCUCUCUUACCUAGUUGCUGUCAUUGGGUUACCCAAAUCGGAAAUACAUCUAUUUCAGCAGCAUGCAUCGAACUGCAUACUUCUGCUAACGGCGAACAUUCUAGGGCUGACAUCCUAUUUCGUGGAAGAUAAGCAACAAAGGAGAGCGUUCCUUGAGACGAGGCAAUCGCUUGAAGUAAAGCUCGUGAUAGAGGAACAAAGCGCGGAGCAGGAACGCCUUCUGCUGUCCGUGCUGCCUGAACACGUCGCUGUGCAAAUGAGGCAAGAUUUGGAUUUAUGUGAUACACAAUUUAAGAAAAUUUACAUGAGUCGUCAUGAAAAUGUCAGCAUUCUGUAUGCCGACAUCGUAGGCUUUACGGCAAUAUCCUCAACUUAUUCCGCUCAAGAACUCGUGAAGAUUUUAAACGAACUAUUUGCAAGAUUUGAUAAACUUGCCGAUAAAUACGAACAACUGAGGAUAAAAAUCCUGGGAGACUGUUACUAUUGCAUUAGCGGAGCUCCAAGGGAACGGCCAGAUCAUGCUGCACUAUGCGUACAUAUGGGCUUGUCGAUGGUCAAAGCGAUUAAAUACGUUCAACAAAAAACAAAUUCACCAGUAGACAUGCGAGUGGGAAUUCACACAGGUGCAGUGCUGGCGGGAGUUUUAGGUCAGAGACAAUGGCAAUUUGACGUGUAUUCGAAAGAUGUCGAAUUAGCAAACAAAAUGGAAAGCAGUGGAAUGGCCGGGAGAGUACAUAUAUCGGCGACAACUUAUUCGUUCCUGAAUGGAGAAUUUGAAGUCGAACCAGCGUAUGGGGAAAAAAGGGAAGAAAGUUUAAGGAUAGCCGGAUUAAAAACGUAUUUUAUCGUUCGAGUAUUAAAGCCAUACCAGCCUGAGCCGAAGACCGAAGUACAAAACGGUGGCCGCAUAAUACCCGAAGAAGACAGUUGCGUAAUUGCCGACUUUGCCUCCGAUAGUAAGGACGAGGGAGAGGACUCUUUAGUCACGUCAAAAACUCGCCAAGAUUCCGAAGACUUUAAAAAUAGAUUAAAAAAGGAAUUGGUUAGUAGAGAAAGUCACAGAGAGCUGUUGAAAAAUACGAGAAUGCACUCCUUGAGAUUUAUAAAGCCGGAGUUAGAAAAAUCGUACCAGCUUCACAGCGAAUCAUUUUCCAAUAUCACCCUACAAGCAUUCUUAGUGGUGAGAUUAGCGAUCGGUGUUUCGCAAUUUAUCGUACUUCCAAGAAGACUUAUGAAUUUUCUUUCGUUUGUAAUCGGCAGCUUUCUACUUAUGAUUAUUUCCGCAAUUUCGUUGGUGGAGUUCCUUCCGGAGCCAAUUUCCAUUUGCCUAAAGUCGUGUUUCCGGAAGAUCAAUGAAUCAAUUUUAAUGCAAAGGGUUUUGUCCAUAACUUGUAUAGUGUUACUUACGACCCUCAAUAUUACCGAUACGAUAUCCUGUUCGCCUUUAAAUUUAGGGCAGGUGCAAGAAAACUGCUCUUUAACGGAAGACACAAACGCAGCAUGCCUUUAUCCUUCGUAUUUUAGUUUCUUUACCGUUUUAAUACUGAUUGCAUCCGCAAUUCCCGCUUCUCUUUCCUAUCUAUGUAAAACCCUUUUUAUGGUCUUAAUUACGGCAGCUCACUGCGUUGUUAACGUUAUUUUAUUAGCGCCCGCUCUCGAUUGCGAGGAAUCUCGAAAGCAUUGGUCCAACUUUACCAAAAGCAAAUACACGCUAUCAGGAUUAUUGGUAACAGCCACCCUCGCUCUCAUAUUUCUGGCAAGACAUAUGGAGGAGGUUUCUAGGCUUUUAUUUCUCUGGCGCUCAGAGGUGAACGAACAACGAGAACGUGCCUCAGAUAUGCGAAGGAGAAACGAGGCACUAGUUUACAACGUGCUGCCGCCACAUGUGGCCGCGCAUUUUAUGGGAAAUAGGAAAAGACAGCACGACGAAUUAUAUUCGCAGAGCUAUGCAGAAAUUGGUGUCUUGUUUUCCUCUAUGCCUAACUUUUCCGAUUUUUAUUCCGAAGAGACUGUGAACAAUCAAGGGUUGGAGUGUUUGAGAUUUCUAAAUGAAGUUAUUUCGGAUUUUGACGCGCUAUUGGGAUUGCCUCAAUUUCAAGACAUAAUCAAAAUCAAAACGAUUGGUUCUACGUAUAUGGCCGCAAGUGGACUGAACCCUACACGUCAAGUGAAGCCAGAUGACCCCAUCACCGUUCGUUGGGCUCACUUAGCGCUCUUGGUAGAAUUUGCCUUAGAACUGAAGAAAGCGAUACAAAGCAUCAACGAACAGAGCUUUAACCAUUUUGUCCUAAAACUGGGAAUAAAUCAUGGUCCUAUAACCGCGGGUGUAAUAGGGGCCCGAAAACCUCACUACGAUAUUUGGGGGAAUACCGUAAAUGUGGCGUCUAGAAUGGAAAGCACAGGGAAAGCUGGUUGUAUUCAGGUAACGGAAGAAACGUGUCAGAUUUUACAAAACUUUGGUUAUCAAUUUGAGCAACGAGGUCUUGUGGCGGUCAAGGGAAAAGGGCAGCUCAUGACGUACUACCUUUUAGGAAAAGCCGGUAAAAUUACCCCACCAACUGCUCAAGCGUCACCGAUAUUAGGUAUACCGGGAAUGGAAACCGUUACCGAAGAGGAAGAGUCCCAUACCAGUCAAAAAUCGGACGAUAAAACGGUGAUCGAGUGUCUAAACGCGGAUGAUUAUAAAAGCGACGAAGAUGUUUUUGCAAACGAAUUAGAUGGAACAGUUCCGACUCAACCCCUCAUCAUUGAGCAUCUCAUUGAAAAAACAGGAGCCGAAAAUGCACUGUUGCUAAAUCAAAGCGACUUGUAAUGCUAAGUAGUGGACAAUCUAUUAAUAAUUAGAUCUGGUAACUGAUGUAAUACUUAGAUCCAUCGAUUAUUUCAAUCAUUGUGCAAUCGACUGUCAAUCAUAGUGUAAUAGUUUUGAAUGUUAGCCAAAACAAAAAAAACCAAUAUUAAUACUUAGAACAUCAAUUUUCUAACGUGCUCCCGAUGAUUAUUUAAUUAAUGCCAUUUCCAUCAAUCUCAAUAUGAUUAGGUUUACUUCCACUUAAAGUCGAAUUCCUUUGUACAAAAAUACUGGCCUAAUAUUGUAUAAGCGGUAAAAUUAUUAAAGGUUUCACCAACUGGGAACUGCGGCUGUAUAAUAAUUAUUUAUGGACUCAACGCGAGAUCAAGCUAUUUAUAAGAUGGGAUCAAACAAAUAAGUUCGUAGUAGGAAAUAUUUUGUAUGAGAAUCACAUUCGAGGAACUGGAUUUAACUAUUUUCACUCUCUAGAUAUCUCUAGGACGUGAUAAUAUUGUAUUAUGGAAUCAAAUAAAAUAAAAAGUACUCAGACGUU